CUCUAUUUUCUUCUCUCUUUUACCACCCAGACGCAAAGGCAUCUUUUUUUGUAAAUAAAUGAGCUAAAAGAGGAGAUUAAAUAUACAUACUGGUUGGUCCCAUCAGAUCCACAAAACGCCAUAUUUUUUGUCCCACCAUUUCUCCGUGUUUUGAUUGCAAUGAACUUUCGGUAGCAUCUCUUUCUUGGCUUUUCCUACAAGCUGUUGCUUCUGAUAUUUUUGCUCAUUUUCAAUCUCCUUAUCUUUUGGGUUAUAAUGGGUUUUUGUUGGUUUUGUUUUAGCUCUGAGCUGAGCUAGAGAUAGUCUUGGUUUACUGAUCUUUGUCUGUGUUUUUUGUUUUCUGUGAGCUGAGCCCAUUUGGUGGAAUUCAUCUCUGGGUGGGGAGAAAAAUGCAGUGUACAAGCUAUAUUCCAGGAUAUCAUCCAAAGGAUAGCCUUGGGGGUAAUUCAUGGUCUAUACCUCACAAUGAUAUUGCCUGGAACGGUGCCAGAGGCUUCUAUGUUUCCUUGCCACCUCCAUUUAUGGCAGACCAGAGCGUGGAAUUAGUUCAUCAAAAGGAAAUAUUGAAGCAGACGAUACUCAAGCAGGAAGCAAUAUUUAGAUAUCAGGUCAAUGAACUACAUCGCGUAUAUAGAAGACAAAGCGAGUUAAUGGACGAGAUUAAGAGGAGAAAGCCAGUGGGGGAUCAUUUACACUUGCAAGCAUUAGAGUCGAAGUCUUUUGUGUCACAAUUAAGACCUGAAAUUUCCCACAAAUCCCGUUGUCCUCUGGUUUUAGACCAGACAAGCAUUGAGCCAUCUACACUACAUCGAGAAACUUUUCAAGGUUCUUCGAAUUCUAUUGCUGGUCAGAGAGUGCAACCAGGUGCUUACUUAUUGACUGAACAAAAUCUCGCAAAAGAAUGGAAAAUGUCUUCUUCGAAGAGCAGUACAUCUAGGAAGAGAAUGUUGGAUCUUGAACUUCCAGCAGAAGAAUACAUAGAUAUUGAAGACGAAGAACAAUUUGUAGAGGAGCGUCCUGUUCAAGGGCUCAAUGUAGAGGAGCGUCCUGUUCAAGGGCCCAAUAUUCUGAUUUCAGAGCUUUCAAAAGCCAACUUUGCUAAUCCUGGAGAUUCUUCAAUUUCUAACUCAAGUCCUAGGGGCACAUUUCAUUUGUUUGAUCUGAAUGAACCAAUACAGCUUGAUGAAACAGGGUAUCCAAAUUCUACACUUGAAUCUAUUAAUGUUCAUGAGGAAAUCAGCAACAUGGAUCAGGAUCUAUCUGGAACAGCGCAUGCAGAAUGCUCAACUCUGAAGAAAGAAGUUACAGGGGGAGAUAUAAGCAACCUGAAUUCUUCCGAUGAAGUUUCUUCUGUUGAGAGAACACUUCUUCAAUGUAAACAAACAGCAAGUUCAACUACAAGAUUUGUAGACAAGAGUCACAAUGGAACCAAAACUGCUCGGAAAAAAAUUAAGGAGAUGCCCUUCGCAGUUCAAGCUCUUCCAUGCUUUGUCUCUAAUGCAUCACUCAGUAAGAGUCCUAAAUCUUCUGUUGGGAACUCUUGUCUCACUGGAAAGAAAAGUGACCUGUACAACAGUAGUGCUUCUAGUCCAACUUCUGGCACAUCAGGCUCUUGCUUGAUGAAAUAUGGUGAUAAUGAAUCUACAUCUGGACAAACUGAUGCUGUUAAGUUAUCUAAGAUUCCAGAUAGCUUGAGUUUGAUGAAGGUCAUGGACUUGAAUUGUACACCUUCUCCUGAUUUGUCUGAUAAUCAGUUUUCUGCCCCUACCUCCAAUAUCUCACAUCUGAAUCUCCUUGAAGGUGGAGAAACAGAUAUUUGUGAAAAAUCUGUUCUUCUUGAUUGUAUCCUGAGACCUGAUUCUGCACUCGAAUCUAGAAAUUCUACAACUAAUUCUUGCAUUAACUGCAUCAAGGAUGAAACCUUAUCACCUGGUCACAGUGAAGCAACAAUGACCCCUAUAAGCCCAGAAAACAAGGAAUGUUCUCCACCUAGAGGAGAUUCUCUGGACAAUACAAUUGGUAAGUCUGUCCGGUGGUCUAAAAAAGACCACAUGAGUGAUCACACUGGAAAAACUGACAGGGCUGCAGCAGAGACACUACUUUUUAUUUCAUCAUCCGUUGCCCGGGGAGAUUCAAAGACUGCCAAGGGUGGAACAUCUGAAGCCGCUCAAGAUAAUCUGGGCUGGCUUGCUGAUAUUGCAACUUCUUUGGCAAGUAAUCCACAGAACGAGGUUGGAAAAGAGAAGGAAGCAGUAUGUAAUACUUUGCAUAUUCGGUCAAAGAGGAGCCGACCAAGGAGUGCUAAGUAUAAGAGGGUUCUUCCAACCGAAAUACUUCCUGCUACUGUUUCUCUGCAUCAGUUGAAUGGAGAACUUCUGGCUAUGGGAGGUCUCAAGUCACCUGCAAAUUCUGCAUCAGAAUCAGGUCCACGGAUGAAAACUCCACGCAGGGCUAGUUCGCGAAGUAGGAGAUGUUCCCAUAUUGGAGAGAGAACAACUUGCUCACUGUUACAACCACAUCCUAGUAAUGACAAGCAGGGCAUUACAGAUAGAUUUUGCAAAGGCUGGGGGGAAACAAAAGAGCGGCAAAACAGUCGGAGAGCUCGUUCUAUCUCCUCUUUUAGCUGAUGCGUUAUUUAGGAGACACUAUUUUGGACUCAUGAAAAUAUUAUAUGGUGCAGAAAGUUGAUUCUUAGGGGUAAUGCUUUUGGAAUUGUAUGUACAGGUAGUAGCCCAAAUUCGUAUAGUAUACUUAUUUUUUUGUUCAAUGAGGAACUGCUCAUUUUGUAGUUACAAUGACAGUGACAGAGAUAACAACAUUUUGUUGUUAGUUUGAUAGAACCUUUGCCAUCUUUCAUGAAUUACAGUACCCAUCUAUAUUAGAUGAAAGGGAACUGAACUUUGUAAUUUGGCUCGAGUAUAGUAUCUAGUUUGUUCCUAUUUUAGUUUC